AUGGCGGACAAUAACGGUGCUGGCAGCAGUAACAAUGCCAAACUGGGGGUCACAAACGACACGACUUCGUCUUCGGCAGCGGGCAUCCCGUAUUACGAGAAGCAGCGAGUUCGGCUCAAGGAUCUUAUUGCAAAGCGAAGGGCGCUAGAAAAGAAACUGGCCAACGCCGAAGAACUCAUCGUCGAGAAAGAAUCCGAAUAUCUCGAAGCCACACCGAGUGGGAACAUUGUCAUCGGGUUCGACAAUUACGUCAAAGGCGCCAGCGCAGCGGCCGCACAGAAGCGCAAGGCUGGCCAGGCGGAUCAAAAUCGCGUCUUCUCGCGCAGUUCAAUAUCCUACAACCCGGCCGCGGCGGCUGGGACGGACGCACAAACCCCAGGUUCGACACCAGCGCCAACACCCAUGUCCAGCACCUUUGGUGGGCGAGACGGACCCUCAGGCGCCCCCACACCAACUAGCGCGACAGGCGGCGGUGGUGGCGGUGGGAGGUCUAACGCUCACAAGAAAAAGAAGAGCACGGCUGCUGCUGCUGCCGCUGCCGCGGCCGCAGCAGGGAACGAGGAUAGUGAGACCGACGGGAGAGAUACGAAGAGGGCGAGGACGAGUUUUGGGGCUAGGAAAUGA